AUUUUGCAUGUUAUUUUACUUUUAUUUAAAUAAAACAGACGAUGCAAAUUUCUGUCCUGUUGACACCCGCUACACUGGAACAUGAAUCCAGUUGUGUGGUACAGAGUAACUCGGACACAGACCAGCAUCCAGUUUCACCUAAAGUUACACAAACCGGAGGAAACGUGAUCCUGAGCAGUUUAGUACAGAGAGCUAAUGUGUUAGGAACGAUUACAGCUCUCCAUAACUGGAGAUUGAGUUUUACUUUAGACUGAGGCUGUCUUCACCGUCCCUCCCUCCUCCAUGUGUCUGAUGCCUGCUGACUGCUGAAGAUAUCCAUCUCUUCAUCUCCUUGGAGCUUCACUCUGUUCUUUCACUACAUCACUCCAUCAUCUGUCCAGCAGUCAUGAAUCCCUACAGAAACACAAACUUGAACUCUCACCCACGUGAUGAUGCCUCGGGCUCUUUACCAAAUCCAUCUCGUUUUUUACCCCCUGACCCUUACGACAAUUCCCAUAAUCCAUCUUCAUCAGCCGUCUUACCGUCUCCUCCAAUCAUCCAGACGGGUCAUAGCUCUGUGACAGUUUUGAGCCAAUACUCCCCUCCCUAUCCGGCCCCCUCAGACCAAGAUGGAGGUCAAAGCAUGGUUCGGUCAUCAAACACGCCACUCCCAGGCUCAGGUCCAGGCUUCAGCCUCGGUUCCAGGCCUCAGUCCAGCUUAGCUUCAGUCUCAUCUCCAGCUAACCCUCCCUCUGCAGUGUCUGCUACACCAAACCCUUACCCUGCCCCCGCCACACCCCCCUCCAGCCAGGUCUCUGUCGUCAUCCCGUCACCAGACCUCCGCCCGUCCCCCCUCCAGUCUCAGUGCUCUGAGGAGUCCUGCCCAGACCUGGAGUGCGCCAUCUGCUUCAGCCAGUUCAACAACAUCUUCCGCUGUCCCAAGAUGCUUCAGUGCAAGCAUACGUUCUGCCUGGAGUGCCUGGCACGCAUCAACGUCAAGUCGGCUCACCCCAACACCAUCCAGUGCCCGCUGUGCCGUGGACUCACACCGCUGCCUGCCCUCGGGCUGCCCAGACUGGCCACGGACUCAGACGUGCUGUCUUACCUGCCGGCCGCCAUGCAGAGAGUCUACAGCAUCCGCUUCAUCCGCAACAAAGGGAAGCUGCAGGUCAAAAGGUCAGCUGAAGGUCGUCAGAGGUCGCUGGCAUCUCUGAGGUCAGUGAACCGAUCUCUAGACGUGGGGCUUCCCAGCCCGCCCGCUGGGGGUCGCGCUGAGGCGAGCGGCGUGGGCGGAGCUCUAUUCAGACUGACUGGCCGGCCGGCGUGCCGAGCCUUCCUCCUGAUGUCUGUGGUAUUGAUGAUGGUGCUGCUGAUGGGCAUCAUCAUCUUCCUCCUCACCUACAAACAUCCGUGAGUGACAUCACAUCCUGUCUUCCUCCUGCUUUUUAUUUCUCUGAUGGAAAAACGCAUCGAACAGUGAAAUUCCAGUUUUAUGUCUGAAUCCAGUUAAUGAGCAACAUCUGUUUCACCGCUGUUUAAAAGAUGAAAACUGAUCCAGAUGUGCAAUAAAACCCAUCGUUCCAGGCUGCUGUGCAACAAGCGGCUUUUAACUCGCUGAUGCAUCCAAAGCCAAGACACAGAGGAGGAGCUGCACUUAACAAAACACCCACACCUGAGCAGUGGGCUUUCAUCUGCUUCAUAACAUUUAACUUGUGCAAACAUUUCAGAUAAUGACGUAGAUUCGGUCAGGCUUCUUGCUUAUUUUAGGUUCAUUCCUCAAAAUUAAAGUACGCAAUGACAAUCAUGUAAGAGCGGCGGUGGGAAAGUGUCGGGGAAACUGAGAAGCAGUGGACUUGAAUCUGCAGUACUUGUGCCAAAAUCUUUAAAUGAUUAGCUAUCCGUUUUCAGGUGGAACUUCCUGCUCAGUUUUAUUGGCUCAAGUCACAAAAUGGCGGUCAGGUAACAGAGGAGGAGUGAACUUUAAUCUGCCUCACAGGACAGCAGAGCUGCAGUUAAUCACCUCAGGUUUGAGGAAAAAACAUAAACCACUCCUCAAGGUUUUGAAUGUCAGGUUACAAAUGGCAGGCUGGUAAUACAAGAUGCUGAAGUUCACUUGAUGGCAAAGAAGAUAAGUGAUGCUUUACAAAAAAUAGAUUGAGGUUUAUUAUAUGAACAACAGGCCAAGGUGCAGCUGCAGAUCAACUGAAACAUGAAUCUACUGUCACUGACCUGGAAUAAGGCCUGUGACCUGCCUGUAGUUUUGUUCCCCCUCACUCCAAACAUGACAUAAUGCAUGACAUUAUGUAAACUUGUCACCAGGUGGCGCCUUCUCCUUCAUAUUCCCCUGUUUGUACUUGUUCUGGCAGCUUUCAGCACUUUAAAAAGAACCCAGCCACUGAAUGUUACAUGCGUGUGUGUGUGUGUGUGUGUGUGUGUGUGUGUGUAUUAUGUCUUUACCUGCUUGUUUAUGUUAGUCUAUUUCCUGUUGUUGGAGCUGCAGCUCUGCCCCCGGCCUUAACCAAACGUUGUAAACCAAAGCCAUGCAAAUGACUUGAGUUACAGAUCUGCCGCAGCCAGCUGAGCAGAGGUCAGUGGAUUUUCAUAGAUGCUGAAACAUUAUGUGGAGGUGGCUUUGUUACAAAGACGAUGUAACUGAUCACAAGGAUUAGUUCAGCCAAAUUACAAAAGGAACGUUUCCACUAAAUGCAGAUGGUUUUGGUUUUAUUUUUAUUAACAAUGGAGAUAAAUAGACUUGUUUGGUGUUAAAAACAUCACAUCUUCCCAGAAAUGGCAUCUUAUUCCUGUGGCUAAAUCUAGUUUUUCAAUACUGUGACCAACCCCAAACAAAUUAAAUUAUCCUGCAUCAUCGAUGGUGGAGGCAGAGGUCUGACACACAUCUGAAAACCUGGACGAAUAAAACCAAAACUAUCUGCAUGUAUUUGUUUUUUUUUUUUCUUUU